CAAAGGUACUCAGCGGUGGUCCUGGAGGCAGACGUGCAGGUUGGGAGUAUUUUAGCCCUCACCUCGGAGAGGAGGAGGGAAAUAUCAUUAAACUCCAAUGAGAAGGCUGCCAAUCUGGAGGGAGCUUAACGGGUCCUGGUAAGAGGAAGCAGAUACUGCCCUUGCUUGAGAACACUGCUCCGACCCAUCCUAAGAAAAGGCCUGAGGAACACUUGGUGCUGGUCACCCCACAGGGCUUACGUAAAAUGAAGAGACAAAUAAAUAACACUUGAAGACUAGAGAUAAACUCUAAUCUAAUAUGUACGAGGAAGAUUUCAGGAGCAUGACUGAAGAGAAUAGGAACAGCAGUGACUCCUCCGCUGCCUUCACUCACAACACCACCAUGACUGCCAUACUGAUUACUGUCUACUCAGUUGCCUUUGCUGGAGGUGGGAUCGGGUCCAUCACAAUGUCCUUUGUGCUGGUCAAGAUGAACACUCUGUCCGUGACCACUACAGCCAUCAUCAACCUAGUUAUUGUGCACAGCCUCCUCCUCUUCACGGUGCCCUUCCGCCUGCACUACUAUGUCAACAAGAAGUGGGAAUUCAAGAUGCCAUUUUGCAAAAUGGUGAGUGCAAUGGUGCACAUCCACAUGUACCUGACCUUCCUAUUCUACGUGAUCACGCUGGUGAUCCGGUGGCUCAUCUUCUUUCAAUGGAAGGACAAGGUGGAGUUUUACAGGAAGCUGCAUGCCAUUGCGGCAAGCGCUGCCGUGUGGGUCUUCGUCAUGGUCUUUGUGGUGCCAGUCUUGUGCUUUGAGUACGGACGCUCAGGCUCAUACAAUGAUACAACAUGCUUUAAGUUCCACAGAGAAUUGCAGCAGGAAGGUGUGAAAGCCCUGAACUACACCAUAAUUGUAGCUGUUGCCUGCAUUACUUGUAUCCUCUUGGGCCUGCAGAUUUUCAUCCUCAUAAAAGUAGCGAGAAAACUUUCCACCUCCCUCUGGUCACACCAAGAGUUCUUGGCCCAGGUGAAAAACCUGAUUUUCAUCUGCGUCAUCAUAAUUUGCUUCCUUCCCUAUCACCUCUUCCGGGCCUACUACAUACAGCACGUGGGUGAUUUUGACCAGUUAGAAAGCUACAAUGAAGUUUUUUUGAGUCUGACUGCCCUCAGCUGUCUGGACCUGCUGUCGUUUGUGCUGAGCGGAAGCCGCUUCUUCAAGCAAAAGGUGGGCAUGCUCCGCAGCAGGUUGUCUUGCUGCUAGCGACAACCUCCUGCAGCGUGCAUGGACCUGGGUCUGGCAGGGCACGGUGCUGGACAGGCACGGCAAACCCCCUCCUCAGCAAGUCAGGAGAGUGCAACACACUCGCGCAGGGCUCUGCCCACCUUCUCCCCAAAAUCACAGGACAAACAGCCUCCAGUGUCUCAGCUGGUAAACUGGAAGGUUACCUCUGGGAUUUGCUCAAGGUGCUGCCUAGUGAGUUGCGGAUACACCUGGAGGAGAGGGAGGAAAGGACAUGAGUUCUUCUGUCUUUCGCUUUUUACAUCCAGGUUUGUGAAGUCAAAGGCACUAGGAGGAGACUCAAGAGAGUUUGCAAAGCAUGUAGAAACACAGAAAAGCAGUUUUCUAUGGAAUAAGGCACAGAUUUUUGAAAUUUAAAGAUCUACAUAGUUUCCCACAUCCAUUUCUUAUUUAUUCCCCACAAGGUCUCGUAAAUAUCAGGGAAGCUAUUUUUCCUCCUGACUAGGUUUGUUCCUUCACUCUAAAGACAAGUAUAACUUUCUAAAUGAAUUGCACAAUUAAACCAAUAGUUUAAAAACAAAUUAGCAGUAAAUAUUUAUUUCUUAAAAGAUCCUAUCAAAAUGGCCUUUUAGAGAUGGUAUCACUGCAGCAGAAGAGUUUUGUUCUCUUUCACACAUUACGAAGAUGUCUCCAACAACAAAAAUGUCACAUUGUUACUGAAAUGAACAUUGUAAUUUCAAACAAAAUCCUGUAUUUUAAUUUAAAGGAUUGCUCAAUUAAAAAAAAAGUUAACAGGAUCAUUUUAUUUAGAUCAUUCAGACAGCAGUUGUCUUCUCUUAAAAAGUCAAAUAUUUUAGGUCUCCAAGAUAACAAUGAUUUUUUUCUUCUCCUAUGCUGAUUUUGUGCAAUUCUGAAGUUUAUAACUAAUUACUCACAGUAUCUUAUCUAGAAAUCAACCCUAUACAUUUAGUACUAGCAGAAGAAAUUAAGAUGUCACUGCUUGGAUGGGAGGGAUGGAAAAAGCUAAUAAACCUGGUGUAGCUAAAAAGCAUAUUAUACCUCAGUGAGACAUUGUGAGUUCCUAUCUCUGAACACAGAAUUGAAUUCUACUUGAAAAGAGGAAAAAAAUCAGCAAAAUAAUUCCAUGGAAGAUAUUCAGGCUUUCAUUGCUCAGCUGCUUUACAUCUAUCCCCCUAAGAAGAGUAAAAAUCUCUGACUGCUAUAACCCAAGACAGCAAUGGCUAAUUUAUCUUUCUUCUUCUUGCCAUCUGCAUAAGGUCACUUUUUUUCAUCUAGAGUCAGUGGAAUAAUAUUUUAAUAAUUUGACAAAUUAGAGGUCAUCAGCCAAUUAAUUUCCAGUGACAGUCUCUCCUCAUGAUGCUAUUGAAGCCCACCUUUUCAUACUUCUGAAUCUUUCCAUUCCUUUCUACUUUGCCUUCAACACCUCUUGCUCAUCAUACAGCAAUCGAGUAACUAUUGGUUGAUCUUGCUGUACCUGCACAAUCUGAUUGCUAUACUCGUUGCUUCCAGCCCCGCCAAAGAUGGUUACUUUAUAGGGUCCCAUCUCUUCUAUAGUCUUUCUUCCCUGCCUUCUUUCUGGCUUCCAGCUCCUCUAUAUCUCUUGGGAGGUCUGAGCAUGAGAGAGUAUUUUUGGGGUCAGUAUCUGAGCAAUGCUAUAUAACACAAAAGGUUGGAAAGAUAGAAAUAUCAGAGCUUGCAGUGUGUGUGGAUCUGAGACAAAACUGUCUGAGAAGGCAUUUGCCCCAAAAGGAUCAUGGUAAAGAAGAAGACAACCACCAGCCUGAUUCAACAGUAGUUGGGGAACUACAGAGACUUUCAUAACAUGGGAGGAGUCAGCUUGAGUGUGUGGCUCACUACCAGUUAAUUACGUGCCAUUAAGAAAGCAAUAGACUGCUCUGAUCCAGCUUUGUUUUAAAACUACAUGAACAAAGCAGUUUUUCCUUGUGGCAGGAGAGAAGAUGGAAAGUGGCACAACAUUUCUGUUUCCUCCUAUAGCAACAUUGUUGGUGGAAGAAAAUACCUUGCAUGUGUUCUGUAGGCACUGCAUACCUUUGUAACACUAUAUUAUAACUCUUCUGUCAUAAUAAAGUUGUUAACAAACAAAAUGACUAUGUGCUGAAAAGACUAAGCAAGUCCUUCCUGCAAAUAUGCAU